AUGCGCCUGGAGGAUGGUUCUGAUCCCGAGACGGACACCUCUAGGGAGCUGGGCCCGCCUGAAUUUACCCACGAGUUCUUACACGGAUUGCGACUCCUCCUUGUUACUGGCGGGCUGACGUUGGUUAUGUUCCUGGGCAUGAUGGACAUCUCGAUCAUCGCCACGGCAAUUCCGCAAAUAACCAGUGACUUUCACAGGCUGGAACAUGUCGGCUGGUACAUUGGCGUAUACUCGCUGUGCAGCGCUGCUCUCCAGCCACUGUCGGGCAAGGUCUUUACAUAUUUCAGUACCAAGUGGUCUUUUUUGAGCUUCUUCUUCAUCUUCGAAGUCGGGUCGUGCAUAAGUGGUGCAGCAGUCUCCUCAGAAAUGUUGAUUGGUGGCCGAGCGAUUGCUGGUCUCGGCUACUCAGGAGUUACCAAUGGAGCACUGACAAUCAUUGCGUCCGCCAUUGCGCCCCCUAAAAGACCUUGUAUGUUUUUCCCCCGGGAUGGAUGCGCUAACCGGACACUGACAGUCUCUCAAAUUGGCAUGAUAUUGGGACCGAUCCUCGGAGGAGUGUUUACCGAGUUUGUAUCAUGGAGAUGGUGUUUCUACAUCAACCUACCUCUGGGCGCAUUCACAGCCGUAUGCCUCGUCUUUAUCGACAUCCCCGACCAGGUCCGGAAGGAACCAGUAUCAUUCGAACUUGUCCGCCGGCUUCUGCCACGAUUCGAUCUGGUUGGAUUCGCCCUGUUUGCGCCUGCUGCCGUCAUGGGGUUGCUUGCUCUGCAAUUCGGGGCUAGCACGUAUGGCUGGAGUUCGCCCGUCGUCAUUGGAUUGUUUUGCGGCUGUGCAGGCGCUGCGGCACUGUUUGUAGCUUGGGAACAUCGCAUGAAGGAUGAUGCCAUGAUGCCAUUCGACGUAAUCCGCAGAACGGCCGUUUGGUCAUGCUCAAUCAACUUCUCUGGGAUCAUGUCGCUGGCAGUUGUGGCAGGCAACUACAUGCCCAUAUAUUUCCAGUCAGUUCGCGGUCUGAGUCCUGCGAUGAGUGGCGUUUAUAUGCUCGUCAGCACCGCGUCCAAUAUCUUGUUCAUCUUGAUUUCCGGCGCGUUGAUGACGAGGUUCCGCUACCCAAUGCCCUGGUCAAUGGCCUCAGGAGCUCUCGGUGCCGUGGCCUGCGGACUCAUGUCGACCUGGGCGCCCGGAUCAACAUUGGCCGCGGUUUUUGGAUACCAAGUCCUCAACGGGGCACGUGGUUUAGGGAUGCAGCAGCCGAUCCUGGUUGUACAACACGUGCUGCCAGCGGGCAAGAUCGCGGUGGGCAACAGCCUGAUGGUGUUCUUCUCCAACUCGGCGACGGCGGUCAUGGUGACGAUUGGCAAUGUCAUCUUCCAGGAGAGUCUCGUGGCCGAGCUCGCGGCCCGCGCGCCCUCGGUGAGUCCGGCUGCCGCCAUCGCGGCCGGAGGCAGUGCAGAGGCGGUGCGCGCGCUGGCCAUUGCCAGUGGGGCGGAUGUCGAGAGCUUGCUGCUUGCGUAUUCUCUGAGCGUCAACAGGGUGUUUUACCUGCUGGCCGGGAUAUGCGUGGUGGUGUUUGUGUCGGCGUUUGGGAUUGGUUGGGUUGACUUGGGGCACAAGGACAAGAAGGACGAAGAGAAGGUGUAG